AUGUACAACCUGUCUUGCGUUGACGGCCAUAGAUUUGGCGAUGUCUAUGUUCUCGACAUUCAGCGCCUCAACGCUGGUCUGUCCGCCAUCUCAUCAGAUCAGAAACUCAGUCUCUUCGAUCCUGCACGAGUGGGACAGGGUCCGAUCAAGUCAUACCAGACCAACCAUGGCAACUUGACAUGCCUUAGGACUUUUGACUGGCAAAACUCUAUCGUUUGCACGGCGGGAGAAAAUGGGGAAGUCUCAGUCUGGGAUAUGAGGGAAGCGUCAAAGCCGCAGGUCGCUCAUUUUGCGGCUGCUCAGUCGCCUAUUUUGUCUAUGGCUUGCGACCCUAGGAGCAACACAAUAGCACUAGGCACAGAGUUCCAGAACCACACCGCAUCCGUGCUACUCUGGGAUAUCAGAGCCGGCCCGAAGCAGAGGCUCCAGUACGACGAAGUCCACAGUGACGACGUCACAGAACUCCGCUUCCACCCUUCAGAAUCUCAUAUCCUCCUCUCGGGAUCGACCGAUGGCCUCGUCAACGUCUAUGACACACGAAUUUCGGACGAAGAUGAGGUCGUCGUCCAGACGUUGAACCAGGGCUCUGUCCACCACGCCUCCUUCCUCAGCAAUACCGAGGUCUAUGUGCUGACUCACGACGAGAAGCUGGCCGUGUACAGCGUCGCGGAGGAUUGCGGCUCUGGCGCGGCUCUGGUAGACUUUGGCGACGCAAGAGAGACACUGGGCUGCCAGUACAUUGCCAACAUGACGACAAAGGUUGACGGAAGCGGUGCUAUCGUCGGUGCGGGCUCACAAGACCGCCAAGUCUUUGAGUUGGUACACCUGUCCCGUACCGCCGAAGGCAGCUGGGGCUUCGACAGGGCGAACAGCGUCGGUCUGCCGGGGGGGCACGGCGAGGAGAUUGUACGCUCGUUCUGCUUCUACGAUGACGAACAGGUUGUCUUCACUGCUGGAGAAGACGGUAAUAUCAAGGCUUGGAGGCCCACGUAG